GGAGCCAUGCCUCACCCCCUGGUUGCACCAACCUGCUCGCAGUCCAGCGUUCACCCUAGUCUUAGCGAGGAGAUGCUGCUCGAUGAAUUGGCUUAUAAUCGUAGACGCCAGGUUUGUCGGCGAAAUCGGACUACAUUUACACCGCAGCAGCUCAGUGAACUCGAAACGCUUUUUGCCAAGACGCAUUACCCAGAUGUAUUCCUCCGCGAGGACCUUGCGAUGCGCAUCCAACUCACCGAGGCAAGGGUUCAGGUUUGGUUCCAGAAUCGCCGGGCUAAGUGGCGUAAGAUGGCACGACAGCGUCUGGGAGUCGACCCUUGGCGUACCCGACAGAUCAACACCUACCCGAACCCCAUCGGAUUCCACGGCAAUGCCUGGCUAUCCGCGGCAGCCGCCGGGAACUUCGCUGCCGCAACCAGGGGAGUGAGGUCGGGUUCGGCUGCAGCAGCGGCCGCAGCAGCCACGGCGAUGGCCUCGCCGCCGAGCUUGACACCCGGGAUGCUGUACAACGAAGCGAUGGCGAGGCUGGCUCAGCGUUCACUGGCUGGAGGAGUAAUUGCCGGAUCAGGAAUCAACGAUCACCUUCACUUCCCCCAAGCGGCCAGCACCGCAGGAUGCAACUGUCUCUCGCACUCCGGUCCGACCACCACUAUGUGCACCUCCGGAAAACACUCCAAGCACCACAUCCAUGCUCCCGAUUCUCCCCGAAGUCCAUCCGAAUCCCCGAAGCACGGUUCGCCAGCCCACUGCCUGGAUGACGACGAAAGGCGAUGUUUCAGCCUGGCGUCACUGCGCAUGCGUUCUGCCAAGGAGACCACUUCAGAUUUAGACAUGUCUGAGAAGUCGGCUGACUCCCCGCUAAGUCAAGAUGAAUUUGUCAGUGUGAAUUAGUUGUUCACCGAAACAGCUCAUUUCUAUUUCUAUUUCAGUCCUAAACAACUUAUGAACUAAUUCGUUAGUAAUCAUCGUAAUAAAAUGUCUCGUCCCCUGUACGUAAUUUAAGUUAGAAAUAGAAUUUCAAAUCUGGUGUAGGCUUAUGCAGUAUGAUAGACCAAGACGUUACCAGCAUUAGGCUUUCUAUGAAAGUCGAUCAGUUUUAGUUUAUUGUAGUUUUAAGCCGAGAUUUUGAUUUAUUUUCCUCACCUUUCAAUUGAUUUAAUACAAUACUUUAAAGCAGAUACGAACCAAUAGCGCCAUCUUGAGUCCUCAACUACUCAUACCUGGCCAGUUUCCUGACCCAUAAUCAUGAUAAUGCUAAUGUAGUUUAGUAAUAUAGACCCGCUUGAAUGAUAACAUAAUAAUUAACUACUUAAUGCAUUUAUACCGCAAUAAUUAUGUUACCAAGUACAUGUAUAUAUAGCAAAACAAUUACGUUUCCUCUCAAAACAUUUUAGUUUUUCUAUACAAAUUACAAUUAUAGGUCAAUUUAUUCUGUGUAGUAUUAGUAGAUAUCUAAAACGUAUAUUUUAAGACUAUGUAUUUAUUACAUACAGUCAAUGAGAGACCACACACAGUUCACUCCCCCUUUAAAUCUUUAUUUCCAUUUCAAGCAUAUGCAAAGUAAUACAAAUCGGAUGGAAAUAUAAGGAAUGGUAUUUUACAGAAAAAAAACCCACUUAUGCAAAGUAAUACAAAUCAGAUGGAAAUAUAAGGAUUGGUAUUUUACAGAAAAAACCCCACUUCAUCAACUUCAGAAGGAAGUUAUUCAAGUCAGUUUAAAUUGGGAGGUGUUUGAGGACAAAAAUAAUAAGGAGCUUCGGCUCUCGGAAAUAAUAUUUUUUUUAUCACAAUAGGAAUCGUCUGGUAGUAUGAAAGAACUAAUAAUCAAUGAUCAUUAUUUUGAAAUCAAUAUCGCACCUUUGAAAUGCGUUGAUGGAUCAAUUAGUGAAGACAUAAUUUACAUAGUAGAUCUAGCAACUUCCUUCGCUCUGAUUGGCUGAGAAGCACGGGCGUCUGAUUGUUACUAUAGUAACUGUCAGAUAAACAUCCGUCACGUACUGUACACGGUUUUGGAAAAAAGUGGGGGGGGGCUGAAGCCCCCCCCCCCCCCGCCGCUUCCGCGGCCCCUGCUUUCAUUAAAUGCCAGCAAGAGUCUUCUUGCCCGCUGACAGUGCAUACACAAUCUCAACUCUUUGAGGAGUAACAUCUUUCAACCCCCAAAACAGUCAAACUUUUUGACUUUUAACUAAUAAUUUGGCAAUAAUUUAUUAUGGUCAUAUCCUUAACUUAUUUUACCAAUCUUUACGAAGGUUUAUUUUCAUUUGGUCUAAUGCCAAUUCGUCCAAUUGCCAACUCGUCUACUAUCAUUUGGUCUUCCAUCAGUUCGUCCAAUAUCCACAUGGUCUAAUUGCCAUUUCGUCCAUUCACCAUUUCGUCUAAUAACCACUUGGUCCAAUAGCCAUUUAGUCCAUAUACCAUUUGGUCUAAUUGACUAAGUGUUAAUCGGGCAAAAUGAAUGAAAAUAAAAGGAAAAUUAGACCAACUGGUUAUGAGACGAAAUGGUCAAAGGUGAACUGGUGAUUAAUUAGACGAAGUGAUGAUUGGACCAAAUGGUUAUUGGACCAAAUGGUUGUUAGACGAAAUGUUGAUGGAUGGAAUGGCAUUAGACUAAACGAAGGUAGACCAUGUGGUGAGUGGACGCGUUGGCAGUAGACGAAUUGGCAAUUUACCUUUACAAAUAAGUGGGGUUGCACACAUUAUAUUCUGCGACACAUUAGUUAUUAUUUUGGUCCUCUUUUGAUGAGCAUAAUUGGUAAAAACGAAACCUAUACAGAUGCAGGUUUAUUGAUGUUCUGCAGUACGUGAAUGUAAAAUCCAUUGUAAAUAGAUUUAUAAUGUACAAAGAAAAUAGUUAAGAUUAUUGUCUAUAAAAACGAACAAAAAAUUAAUGUUGCUUUUGUAUUCACGCUUUGAAUGUAACUCAAAUCGAAAGCAGUGCAAUGUAUACGUUCAUUCCUUUUAAAAAUAAACAUUCCAUAUUUAUUCGCUACUUAUCAAUUAUAUUUGUUAGAAGUGUCUCAAACGUACCUCUUCUAAGUGUAGUAAUUUCGAUAUUAUGUGUUGGUAGCUGUGAUCUGCUGUAGCCCCAGCCCACUUGUGCUUUUUUAAUUUUGUAUUUAUUAUUUUGAUUACAUGCGCAUCGCAUCUUAUGAAAAUGCGCUUAAUAAAAGAAAUGUAUAAUGAUGAUGAUGAUUAUGAUUAUACUGUAUGAAUCCCAUUAUCAUCAUGAUCAUCAUUAACAUUAUUUUUACUACCAUUAUCAUCAUUGUCAGUAUAGUAUUAAUAUCAUUAUCAUUAUUGUUAUCAUUAUAACCCGCAGCAUCAUAUUAUGUUUUUACCAAGUUAACAUGGUAAUCGCAGUCAGUAUUAAGGUAGAAGUUGAGUAAGUUUUGUAUUCCGUCUCAUUUUGGGAUUGAGUAAAAAAUAACUAACAAUAAAGAUUACAUUUAUAGGAAAUGUUGUCAGUUGUAGACCUAUACAAGGAGAAAUUAUAAUGCAAUUAGCCCAGUUAAAGUUUUAACUUACCAAACAAUAACUCCCUAAUUUGUGUCUCUUAAUACUUACCCUAGAUUUGCAAGUAACUGAAAUAGAUUUUUCUUGCAAUACUGAAAUAGGCCUAGUCGUAUAAAUAAAAUUUCAUAUGGGAUACAAUAUACAUGUAAGUUAUUUUUUGAAGUUUUUGUUUACGAAUAAUAUUUAUGAAGAUUCGCUGCCAUCCUUUAUCGGAAAUAGGUCAUAUUUAGAACCAGGGGCGACGCCCAUGAUAUUUUGAUAUAGCGGGAUGACGACCCAGGUGUGACGUCACAUUUUUUCUCAUUUAAAUUAUACGGGUAGUAUAGAAUGGUUUCCACUUUGAAGGAAAUUUCCCGAAUUCCGGGAAAUCCGGAUCAUUUUUGGGUAUGAUUCCGGGAAAUCAGAAGAUUACAAUUAAUCGUAGCAAAUUUCAAUAUUCAUGUCAUAUUUAAAGACUUGUUUACGCAGCUCAAAAUUUUCUGCUCGCGCUACGAGCUCGCAUUUUGUAAUUUUCUUGCUAUUUUUUUUCUUCAAAAAGUGCAUUCAACAAAAAAGGUUAAAUUCCCUGAUUUUGGUCACUUGGACUAGUUUAGGCUCGCUUUGUUAUUGUCCGAUUAUUUUUAAGAAGAUAAAAUUUGAAAAUUCCAGGAAACGUCUAUGAAUUUCAGGAAUUUUGAGUUUCAGUUUCGGGAAAUUUUGGGAAACACUGAGUAUAGACUAGAGUAUCACAGAUCAGGGCCCUUCUAACAAAGAGUUACGAGUGAUCCGAUCAACCACAACUAUGGAAAGCCAGCAACAUCGACAUCUAAAAUGCAUGUUUGUUCAAACUAUUUUAUAGAUAAUGAUGUACACUCGUAGAUUCACCAUUCUUUUGACAAUUCAUUGACGUGCUCCACUGUUUACAAAGGAAAUUUCCUGUAGGAAAAAUGACGAUAACGAUGGAUUUCCAUAUAGUUGAUGUUGAUUGAAUCAAUCAAAAAUCUUUGUAAGACUGGGCCCAGGCCUUAUAAAUAGGCUAUACUAUGCAUGUAUUUCUUCUUCCUUCUUUCUUUUCUCGUCAUUCUCUUUUUCCCCCUCCUCACAUCUUGAAAAAUCAUACGAUGCGGUUGUCCUUGCCCCCAUGUGGUGGCGCCCUGCUCAUAACUUACUCGUGAGUAUCAAUAUUUAUCGAUGAAUAAUUUCAAAAGUAAGAUUGAAUGCAUUUAAUCAAAAGGGGCGGACCCACGUUAUUUUAGUAGGCGGAAAGAUGAUCUAAAUUUUAUUAGUGCUUUUUUUUCAAAAAGCAAAACAAACAAAUAAACAUGGGCAUGGUUUAUUUGCACAACCAGAAAAUCUCCAAGAUCUCUUUCACAUGCUUAAUUCGCUCCUUCUGUCAUCAAUUUAUUCUUCUCAUUCCUCUUUCUUUUUGGGCCCAGAAGUGACUCCUCCCACCCCCCCCCCCCCUGACGAAAGUAGGAUGUCUGCCCUUUGUUGGGCCAAACAUGAAUAUUUCAAUGUAUUUCAUGCCACGUAGACUACGUUAUCUAAAAGAUUUAACAAGAAUAGCACAAAUGUAUUGAAGAAUCCGACUCGUGUAUGCAGAUUUCAAGUUCAAAUAGACUACAUGUAGAUAAGUAUGUGCAAAAUGUGGCAUAUUGAUGAGUGAAAAUAAUGAAAAAAAAACUGGUUUGUUGUCUGUAUAAUAUUAGAAUGCAUGUAUUUAUAUCUAUGAGUGCAAUUCACAUCAAUAAAGGAAUAAAUAGCUGAAAGACAA